AUGACUCUCGUAACAAUCACACCAGUAAGACCAAACUCCAUUUCAAAUGUCUUUCCAACCAGAUCACCCUCUCUUACAUCAGGUCCAGUCUCAAGAUCAAGUUUAACUAGACCAGCUUUAUCUGUAUCAAGAUCAACCGAAUUCCGUUCUUAA